AUGUCGGCCCCACAGAGCGUACAGUGCUUCGGCAAGAAGAAGACAGCCACGGCAGUCGCCCACUGCAAGAAAGGCAAAGGCCUCGUCAAGGUCAAUGGCCGGCCCCUCAACCUCGUCCAACCUGAAAUCCUCCGCUUCAAGGUCUACGAACCCAUCCUGAUCCUUGGCCCCGAGCGCUUCAGCGAAGUCGACAUCCGCGUCCGCGUCACAGGCGGCGGCCACACCUCGCAAAUCUAUGCCAUUCGCCAGGCCAUCGCCAAGUCCAUCGUGGCUUACUACCAGAAAUACGUCGACGAGUACACCAAGAACCAGCUGAAGCAGGCGCUAGUGCAGUAUGAUCGUACAUUACUCGUUGCGGACAACAGACGGUGUGAGCCCAAGAAGUUUGGCGGUCCCGGCGCCCGGGCGCGGUACCAGAAAUCGUAUCGUUGA